CGGGGUUGUUGAGGGCAAAAAUUAAAAUGGAAUUAAGUUGCCUAGCCCACAAUUUGUAAUUUUUGGUUGCAGAUAAUUAAAGGCAGGUGAUAUAAGACGUUCAUUUUCUUCAUGUAUUAACUCUAUUUCACUGUUUAGAGCACACGGAGUGUAUAUUCAUGUUGCAAAAAACUUUCCAAAAGGUUGCGCUUCUUUUAAAAACAGAAUAUUGGUUAAGCCAGGCAAAGUCUGGUGUUUAAAUGUUUUUCACCAAACACAACAUGUUUAGUAGGCCUAGUCCGUAGCUUGCGGUAUUUGAAACCUGCCUGCGCCGGGAGUUUGUGUAUGUACAGGAUACUCUACCACCAAUGUUUGAAAAGGUUCUCUUUCGUUAACUGGUAUGUGUGAGGAGCACGCAGUAAUGCUGACUGGAGAUGUAACGGAUGCGUAAUUAUUAAACCCUCUUAUUUAACCAGACUCACUUGCUUACUUGCGUUUUCUCAAGUAAACACGCACUUAUCAACAGCUACCAUAACACAACGCAACCCACCCUCCCCUCCUAAUAUUCACACCUACCAUCCCUAGGCGUAUAAAUGUGAGCCGCGCUGUUUCCCCCGCGGGGUUUUUAGCAAACUUCACCCCGAGGGCACCACUCCGUCAGCCCGGGCUACAGGCUUCCGCAGCCGUCCCACUCACACCACCACCUUAACACCAAGCCCGAACGAGCCAUGCCUCCCUUCGAGAAAUCAAUGGAGAUGAUUCCUUUCAAGCAAAGGAAAUGCCUCGCUAGUAGAAAAGACGAAGGGUUUAGUAUUCGAUCAAAAUUUCCCAACAAACUUCCGGUAAUUGUAGAGCGAUACAUUCGUGAAAAACACCUUCCUCUAAUGGACAAAUCUAAAUUCCUGGUGCCAUUUGAAUUCACUAUUGGUCAGUUCAUCAGUCUACUCAGGAGUAAGAUAGACCUGGAUUCCUCACAGGCCCUGUACCUGCUAGUGUCGGAGAACCACAUGACCUGCCUGACAGCGAGCAUGGGAGAGGUCUAUUCCCAGUACAGUGACCAAGAUGGUUUCCUAUACAUGACGUACGCUUCGCAGGACAUGUUUGGCUGAAGUCACCACAGAGGCCCUCAUCCAUACUGGCCUCUGACCACACCCACAAUGACUGACUGCCGGGUCGCACUUCUAGCUGCCAAGGAGCCCUGGCAGAGAGCACAGUCGAGGUACACCUGGAAAAGAUCUGUCCAAGAAGACUCCCUUCCUGAUGACCCCAAUUUUUUAUUUAUUUCCUUUUAAUUUUAUUUAUUUGGAGUCUGAAGGAAGCGAAGAGGAAGAAAACGCUUCAAGGCUCCGUGAUCAACAUUUUGUACCUCCAAUGUGCUGUGCAAACAGAAUAACUACCUGGCACCACAGAAUGCAAUUGUACUGUAGUGAGACAGUAGUGUUCAGGACAACAGUCUGAUUGUUCUGCAAUUUGAUAUUUAUGCAUUCACCCUCACUAGAGUAGAUUUUCAAGAUCCAGAUUGAAACCAUGCAGGCAUCCUGAAGCUGGACUCCAUUUUGGAAAUGUUUGGUGGACGUGACAGCGUUGUCAGUUGCAGUGUAUGUUAUCAAAUUCUGUGAACAAUUACACAAUAAAUCAGUUUCAGACCCGUCAAA